AUGUCGUGGAGCAACAGCACUAGACUGCCCCUCGUCGGGGAGUUGCGCAAGCGACUCGACUACCAUGACAAAACUCUGGAGCGGAAGCACUUUUACGAUCGAACCUGCAGGGACCAUGUCGAUGCUGUUGAAACAAUGGUCGAGCUCUUUCUGAACUCGGAAGGGAACGGCGAUUAUUGGUGGCCAGACAGUCCUGACCAUAGGAACGCAAAUACGCUACGAUACAGUACCAAUAAGCAGCACAUAACGAUGACGAUGCAACUAUUAGUUCUCAAAUUAAAUCAUCAAGCUCGUGUCAACACACGAUGGAAGGGAAGCCCUGAUGAUGAUCCGAUUCAAGCUCUGCCUGCAUGCAGGGACCAGUCUACGAAUGCACACCAGCCUGCCGCGUGGGGUUUCCAUGUCGGCAACCGCAUCAACAUCGACCGUACUUAUCACCAAGCCAUGUUCUCUCUGGAGAGUCCAGAAAAUGCCAGUGAAAGUCAGCAACCCGCGGCAAGCAGCUCGAGCGAUCCGGACCGUUUCCCCGUGUUGAGCGAGACAAGUGCUUCCACAGGGCAUGUCUCCUUCCCGAUGACCCGGCCUACCAAUGAAUCUCCCGUGGAGGGAGUGCAGAGAUCGGACUUUUGCAAAAUGCCGAGUCCCACGGAACAUUCUGACCCGCGAAACUCUGCCCAAGAAGCAUCCAGCAGGUUGAGAGUGACGCAAUCGGAGCCAGCCACGGCGGCACGGACAUCCACCGGGGCUCAUCGAGGAAGACGUACACCGACGGCAGCUACGCAGCACUCGCGCAAAAAGUCCAAGGGCAAGACACAUCUCCGGGGUUUGACCUACCAAACGAAGCGGAUGCCCCAGCGAAAAUCGAGUCGAGCAAAACGUCAGAUCUACAGCAAACUGAGCUUUUCUGACGAAGAUCUCACAAAACGUUCAACUGUGAAGGUGGUUGAAGCCGUCACUGGAAACACGGAAGAGGGAGCAGUGUUAGAAGCCAUACAGGGUGCACCAAACGCAGCACUGAUGGCCACUCCAAGCACAAUACCGAGCAGCAUGCUAGCCUCUGGGUCAGAUCCUACCGAGGCUGCUGCAACAAGUAUGGUAUUUGACGCCGAGUUUGGUACUGCAGCGUCAUUUGCCCCAGUUCCGUCCCUAGCGCCGGCACCGGCAGGGCCUCAGGCAGUUGAAUCAAGAGAAGAACAGGUCGCCUCGAUGACGAAUGACGCUACCAGUGCAGCAAUCUCAGGCAUCGAUACGUAUUUGUUCAGCCGCACCAACACAUUUCAUCAUUCUGGAACAUCCGAAGCGUGGCGAGCCCAGACUGCAGAGGAUCUAGAGCGAAGAACACGGGAGACAGAAGCUCCCGUGACGGUGUGUUCAGAUAUCGAACCGCAGAGCUCUCCCCCAGCACGCAACACAAGUCCCCCAAUCUCAGAGACGGAACACGACGGGUGGGAUGGUGGUUAUUCUGUCGCAGAAACUACCAAUGGUCUUUUUGAUAGCAAAAGUGCAACGCACAUCAGCACAUUGAGUCCCGAGCUUCUUUCGGCCCGUGUGACCCCUCAACGUUCCAUUGCACAGACGUUUCCGGAGCAAGAUUUGGCUAAGGACCCCGAAUCUGCACGGGAGGAGAAAGAGACUACGACGGGGGAGCCAACACAGCCACCUGCUGGACCAUCACUUCAGAUACCAGUCAGAUCUCAGCUGGGCCUCUAUGUAAUAUACGGGCCGAAAUCACGCCGCGAGCCAUGGACGCCAACAGAGUCCUUUCUGAGUCUGACAAUGGCAAAGAUGAAGGAAGAGAUGCCGUUUCAGCUAAGCGCUGACUUUCGAGGCUUCAAGAUUGUCUUUGUCGGUGAAGGCCAACGGACCGAUUGGGAAGUGGGAGACGGCGAUGAGGAUCAGCUCCGACAUGUCCAACUGGACGUUGAGGAGGUAAUGGAAAAUUGGAAGGCAGAAAAUCACGGCAAGCUUAUCUUCCAGCUGCGAAUCGAGGAGCUGCGAGACGAUGAUGUCAAUGAGGGCAGAGCCGAGUCCUGA